AUGGUUGAACACACACUCGUCGAUUGCUCUCAGGCGGGUGCCAUGCAAACUCUAACGCCUCAACCACAUCGCGAUGCUGAUGAUGAUCAGCUUGCGGACGAGUAUGUUCAAAAUUUUGAAUUAGACCAUUUAGAAGAUCAUCAACUCGUUAAACGUGAACCACUGAGGGCAGGCUGGCAUGACAUUGUCGAAACAUUACCAGCUUGCGCUCGCGCUUGUCGACAAUGGCCUGACGCAGGGCCCUAUCCACAGCCGCAUGUAGCUAUUGCCGUAGACCCCAGCACGCCACCGGAAACUCCUCCCGCUCCCGUCGGGCGCAGUCCCUGCCGUGCUCCACCAGUGGAUGACGUAUUAUGGCUUCCUCACAUGCGUGAACCUCUCGACAUGCGUACAGUUCCCUGCGGUAGUUUUGAGGAAUGGGAUCGUCGGGAGUGGAGAGAACAGGAUCAUCAUUUGCAGCAAGUAGGGUUACGUCCGGGUAGUUCUUGCUCCGCUGUAUCACCACGUACAGGUCAACAUCAGUCCUAUCAGCCGUCGUCAUGUGGAGAUGAUUUAAUAAGUGAUGAUUUACUUAUGACAUUAAGUGUUCGCGAGCUAAAUAAGAGAUUACAUGGAUUUCCCCGAGAGGACGUGACACGAUUGAAACAGAAGCGUCGGACAUUGAAGAAUCGCGGCUAUGCACAAAACUGUCGUAGCAAAAGGCUUCAACAGCGACAAGAAUUGGAGAUGGCAAAUCGUUCUUUGCAGAACGAGUUACACCUCCUGCAGUUGCAAGUGGCGCGAGUGACACACGAGCGGGACGUGCUGAAGCAGCGGCUGGCACUCGUGGGGCGUGAGCACGCGGUGCCCCAGCACGCCGGGCACGCGCCGCCCACGCCGCACUCCUCGCCGGAGUUCUUCUCCGAGCUG